AUGGAAGAAGUUCCCAUGUCUCAUUCUGUUCAUAGUGCACAGGCACAUACAACUUGCACCCCUUUAAACAUAACGCGCCUGAAUGAGAAAUUGUCCUUGCAGCAACCAUCAUUCUCUCUUGAACCUGUUUCAUCUCCAGCUGGCCCCAUUGAUGAAUUCUCUCUUUCGCAUUUUGCCAUAAACAUGCUCAGCUCAAGGGACCUUUCAGAAAACUAUAGUUCACAUUCAGUGCAAGAUUCUCUUUCCGAUCCAUACACUUGGGAAUUCGACAUGAAUGAGCUUUCCGGCGAUUCUGGGCUCUUCUAUCACCAAGCUCCAGAUGUUUUAGAAAACAUACCCUCUUCACCAUCCCGCUUCGGACAUGCUGAAUACGAACAUGAAAGCUGGAUUGAUAUCAACAGAUCAUUCCCUACUCCCGAGAACAUUGACCACUUGGCAACAUUUCAAGAUUUCCAAACCGCGCAUGAGCACCAAGAGUUGAAUUCUCCUGUGUCGGUUCCCGACAAGGAAAUCGCUCCAUCUUACGAUUUGCAAAGCUGCAUUGGAUCUUGUCCGUCAUUUGAAGGCUCCACUUCACGGCCCGGGAGCGCCGUUUAUUCAUACUUUACCACCGAUAAUUCAAUGGCGUCCAGCCCAUUGGGGGAUUUGCUGCCGUUGUUACAACCACGCUCUGUGCCUGACAUAGGAAUCGGGCUCUCCGAGGAAGAUUCAGAUACAGAUGGUAUUCCAUCAGAUGAGCCGUAUGCAAUACUGAUCUGGAAAGCACUUAUGUCUGCCCCCGGGCACGGCAUGGUCCUCAAAGAAAUCUACGAAUGGUUCGAAAAGCACACCAACAAGGCCAAAGACCCAGAUUCAAAAGGUUGGCAGAACAGUAUUCGUCAUAACCUCUCCAUGAAUGCUGCAUUCGAAGCGGUUCGAGAAAUCUCCUCCCCUGGAGGAUCGCCAAAGAAAUCCGGAAAUGUUUGGGUUCUCACUGAACGAGCGAUAAAACACGGCGUGCAGUCAACAACAAGGUACAGGAAGCCAGGUAUCCAUAAGAAGACUACAAAGUCUGAACAACCGGCGCCGCAGCGGCAACGAUCGGGAGCAAAAGGUGGACGCGCAGCCAAAAAAGCAGCGAAGUUUAGGCGAGCUCUCCAAGAAGCACAGAGAGCAGGAGAAAAUCAUUCUUCUUCUCGCCACAUGCAGUCUGACAACGCUGAAGGCAUCGCGGCCUAUACGACGCACGGCGAACAGGAGCAACCCAUAUCUCCAGCGAAUCUUGAAAUGAAUCUUACUCUAGGAGGUUACAAUUUUAGCGAUCUCUCGGGCUGCACUGACCUCCCGCCUGAAUCUCCAAUUUUCUAUCACAACAUACGCACUGGCGGAGGAGGGUUGAUCCCCGAUUGCUCUACCCUGGAUAGUGAAACGAUUGGCUUAGAUUUCAAUUCAUUUAUGUAG